AUGCUGUCCGACGAAAGUUCCAUCGGCGAAGGCGUCGCACGGCUGAAUCGAUGGCACCUGGGUCCCGGCACAUCAAGGGUACAGCAGCAGUCGCACGCGCCGUUGCACGCCUUCUACGUCGUCGGGCGGUCACUGCGCGUGCUGUCGGUGUUCGCGGCGUACCGCUUCCUGGUGGAGUCGGACGUGUCCGUGCUGCUCUUCGCCUUCUUCUCGCUCCUCGGCGCCGCCAUCCUCUUCUUCCUCCUCCAACGGCCCUGGAAAGGAAAACGCCUCACCAACACCCAGUGGGGCAUCUCAGUGAUGAAUGGAGGCGUGUUGGCGCUCGCUGUUGUCACAUGGGCGUACGGUCUGAAGCAGUGCGGCCCUCUAAGGUCUGUAAUGGCGGAGUAUUCAGGAGCGGUGGUUGCCACCAUAUCCACCAUAAUAUUCGGGCGGCGAGGACACCGCGUACUCAAGCUGUACGGCGCCAUUGCCAUGCUGGUUGCCUUCUACCUCCUCGCCUCGGGAAUCCCGCUGGGUCCCACUCUUCCGCUGGAUUUCCCACCUCCUGCCAACCCCGUCCCCUUGGGCCUAGACAGCACCGCCGCCGCCACUGCCGCCGGCACAGGCGCCGACAGCACUGGCAGCAGCACAGGCAGCAGCAGCAAGGGAGGCGCAGCAGGGGCAGUGGGGGUUGGGGCGGCAGGAGGGGAGGGAGGUGCGGGGUUGUUGGCGUGGCAGGUUGCGCGGAUGUCUGGGAGUGGGAUGGUGGAAGCGGCAGGGGGCAAUCCGUUGACGGCCAUGCUGCUGCCUGUGGCCGCUGGAGUGCUCUUUGCGCUGAGACGAUUGCUUGCCCGGCUGGGAAAGUCGCAGCAAAAGAAGCGGUUGCACGCCGUCACAGCAGUGUCCUCUGUAUUCUUCCUCCUGCCUAUCGCCAUCUUCCAGCUCAGCGGGGGAGCGCAAGCCUUGGACCUGGAGGCGGGGGGGCGGGCGAUGCAGGUGUAUGCGCUGGUGAUCCUGGCAGGGCUCGUGUUCUCCUUCUAUGUGGACACUCUGGCGGAAGACAAGCUGCGUAUUGGCCCGUCGUCACUGAAGCAUCUGCUGGUGACGAGUGUGGCGGUGGUGGCACUGCUACUCAUCUAUCGAAUGCACUUCAGCCCGCUCUCCUUCGUCCUCAUCGCCCUCCUCCUUGCUGCUGGUCUGCACUGGUCUACGGCCAUAGAGCGCAGCAAGUCAGCGGGGUCGCUGGCAGAGGAUGGGGUGGCAGCCAAGGAGAGGCGCAGAACUGCCGCCCUCGCCAUGCUGCAGGGAGCAAUGGACCACGUCAUGUCCGAUUCCAAGUCACGCCGCAUUGCGCUCUUUCUCCUCAUCAACGCAGCGUUUAUGAUCGUUGAGUUCUCGGUCGGUUUCCUUUCCAAUAGUCUGGGUCUCAUAUCAGACGCGUGUCACAUGCUCUUUGACUGUGCUGCGCUCGCCAUCGGCCUCUAUGCCUCCUACAUCUCCCGCCUCGACUCCCCUUCUAAGUUUGCCUAUGGCUACGGUCGCUUUGAGGUGUUAUCGGGCUUUGUGAAUGCGGUCUUCCUAGUGCUCAUCGCUGCACUCAUCGUCUUCGAGUCCAUUGAAAGAAUCCUGGACCCACCGGACAUAUCAACGGCGAACCUGCUGGCGGUGUCUGUGGGGGGCCUGGUGGUGAACAUGGGGAUUGCUGCAGCAGCAGCGGAGGACUGGGAGCAGGAGAAUCAGGAAGAUGCCAAGAGCAGCAGCACCUUCACCACCAGAUCACUCUUACAGUCACCCAUUUCAGUAUCAUCACCUUCGUAUGAAUCACCAGCGCUACCAUCGUCAGGGGCAGAGAAACUUUUGGCCGUGCACAAAGCGAGGAGGAGAAUAGGGCAAGGGGGUGCCGCUGCAGGAGGAGAUGAAAGUUUUCAGGCGCUGCCCGUGAGGCUGGAUUUUGAGGAGUGGGCAGGAGAAAGCAAGCAUGGGGAGGUGGGAGCUGGAGAUGGGGAGGGAGGAGAGGCAUGUGUGCAAGAGGUGCUCACAUCCGGCAGUGCUCAUGUGGACCACAACAUGCAUGGAAUCUUCCUGCACGUGUUGGCAGACACACUGGGCAGUGUGGGGGUGGUGAUAUCAACGCUGCUCAUCAAGUACAAGGGCUGGAUGCUCACAGACCCGGCGUGCUCCAUAUUCAUAUCAGCGCUCAUCAUCAGCACUGUCAUCCCUCUGCUGCAAAACUCAGCCGAAAUUAUUUUGCAAAGAGUACCUCGGGCAGCUGAACACCAAAUUUCGGCUGCCCUGAAGAAGAUUGAGUCGAUGGCAGGAGUGGUGGCGGUGCGGCAACGGCACUUCUGGUCCUUCACUCCCAAGAUGCUAGUGGGCUCCAUUCACGUGCUCAUCUCUCCAGAUAGCCUCAAAAAUAGGGCCGAGGAGGGAGGUGCAGCGGCGCAUAAUGGAGAUGCUUAUAGCGAGUACGGGGACAAGCAGCGGCGGCUGGAGGCGGUUCAGCAGCUGCGGCAGUUGUUGAGGCGGCGGGUUUCGGAUGUAUUCCGGGCGGUUGGGAUCACUCACGUAACGGUUGAGAUAGAGGAAGCAUCGACUCACCACCUGCACCAUCGGCACCACCAUCAUCCUCACCAUUCCCACGCCUCGCCUUUCCACACCCUCUCCCAUGCAUUCUCCCCCCACGCUGCACAGUAA